UCAUUAGCUGGUGACGAUUCUCGGCCGCCCCAACGUGGGUCUGGGCAGGACGAUGGAGGCGGAGGUGGUUUCUGGGAUCGUGAGUGUUUCUCCGAAGCUCCUCGUCCGCGAGGAUCUGAUGGUGGUUAGCGGCGACACGAAGUUCUUCGCUGCUAAUUAUAAAGAGGCCAACAAUGAUGAUCUUUUUAUUUAUGACUGUAGUACUGCAAGCAAAAAACUUCAAGAAAAACAAGAAAGUGAGGUUGGAAAGCCACUAGGCAAGACAAAUACUAUCCUUGCCUGUGCAUUUUCUUCAACAGGGAAGUUCUUUGCUCUGACUGAUGACAACAAACAAUUAAUUCUUUUCUGCACAAAGCCUUCCUGGGAAUGUCUGAGUAUAAGACCUGUCAUGAGAAGAUGUACCUCCCUGUUAAUAACAUCUGCAGAAGAUAAAAUUUUGGUUGCUGACAAAUCUGGCGAUGUGUAUUCUUAUUCAAUAACAGAACCAAAAAAUGCAGGAACAAUUGAGCUUGGACACUUGUCUCUUUUGUUGGAUUUGACAUUGAGUCCUGAUGACCAGUACAUUGUAACAGCUGAUCGAGAUGAGAAGAUCCGAGUUAGUUUGAUGAAAGCACCACAUGUUAUAGUGUCCUUUUGCCUGGGUCACAGAGAAUUUGUCAGCAGAAUAUUGGUACUGCCAAACUUUCCUGACCAUCUUUUAUCUGCUUCCGGGGAUGGUACAUUGAGGCUCUGGAAGUAUAAAAGUGGGAAAGAACUACAUUGCUUUCAGUUGAAUAAUUUGAAUAUAAAUGAAGCUGGUAAGAAUGAGAAGAAAUACACAGUCUCAAGAAUAGCUUAUCAAUGUGAAGGAAAUUACAUUGCCGUUUUAUAUGACUGUACUCCUGCAGUAUCCAUCUUCCAGCUUGAUGCCGGUGCUCAGAGCUUAAUUUCUAAACAGCACAUAAUCUUAAACCACAAAGGUUGGGAUGUUGCAUUUGAGGAAACAGGUGGGCUCUGGGUACUUCAGGAGAAUCAACAAAUACCUCUUCUAUUCUACCAACCUAAGGAUGGACAAUGGCAGCCUAUUGUUGACAAGAAAGAAUUAGUGAAAAUGACCAAGUACAUAUGUGACCAUUGGAGAAUGUUUGAAGGUGCUAUGGACAAAGGGAGCUGCUUCCAAAAUAUCUACAAGGUUUCUUUUGAUAAUAUGUCCAUUUAUCUGAAAAAGAAAGAAGAGAGACUUCACCAGCAGAAAAAUAAGAGGAAAGAUCCACAGUAUGAAUCAAGUGAACAGACUAAAAAAGUCAGAACUGAAGAGCUGUCCUGAUAGUAUUCAAUGCUUAUCACAUUUCUGAGUUUGGAAGAAGCUGAACAGAGAACAAGCUUUUCCUUAGGCAUAACUGAAAUUAAAUCUGCCUGAUGGUUAGUGUCAGCAUUCCUUACCCCUGACAAACUGCAAAAGAACUAACCUGAUUAACAAGCCACAUCCCAGUGCCUUUAAGUAACUUGUUUCUGUAUGGCUUUAAAAUGUUGCUUGAAUGACUGUGUCGCAAGUAAUACCUAGAAAAGAAUCAUAACACAGAACUUUAUCCUCCAAAUCCAGUUGCUCAUGCUGAGCCAAGAAUAUGCUUUCUCACAAUGUUGAAUAGACCCAAAUCAUUGCAUAGUGGCAAACUUCUAUCCACCCAUCUUUUCCUGGAGUUGAGGCUAUAUAUACUGUAUACAGAUAGUCCUUGACAGACGGCCACAAUGGAGCCCAUAAUUUAUGUUGCUAAGUGAGAAAUGUGUUAAGUGAGUUUUGCCCUGUUUUACAACUUUCC